CCUUCACUCUGCAUCUCCCCGAGAGGAAAACAAAACGGAAAAACGCCGCUGACGAACGGAAGUUUGUAUGUUCAAGAUGGCGCUGGACGGGAUUGACCAAAUGGAUAUUGAGGAGAGUAAAGGAGGCUCUGGGCUCCGACAGUAUUACCUGUCUAAAAUCGAGGAGCUUCAGUUGACAGUGAACGAUAAAAGCCAAAAUCUCAGACGUCUGCAGGCUCAAAGGAAUGAGUUAAAUGCCAAGGUGCGCCUCCUGCGUGAGGAGCUUCAGUUACUGCAGGAGCAGGGCUCUUAUGUUGGAGAGGUGGUGAGAGCCAUGGACAAGAAGAAAGUGCUGGUCAAGGUGCAUCCUGAAGGAAAGUUUGUGGUGGAUGUGGAUAAGAACAUUGAUAUAAAUGAUGUAACUCCAAAUUGCCGUGUAGCACUUCGUAAUGACAGUUACACGCUUCACAAAAUCCUGCCAAACAAAGUGGACCCACUCGUCUCACUGAUGAUGGUGGAAAAAGUGCCAGAUUCGACGUACGAGAUGAUCGGAGGGCUGGACAAACAAAUCAAAGAGAUCAAGGAAGUGAUUGAGCUUCCAGUCAAGCACCCAGAAUUGUUUGAGGCUCUAGGAAUUGCACAGCCUAAGGGUGUGUUAUUGUAUGGACCUCCUGGCACAGGAAAGACCCUGUUAGCCCGAGCCGUGGCCCACCACACCGACUGCACCUUCAUCAGGGUGUCUGGAUCAGAGCUGGUGCAGAAAUUCAUUGGAGAAGGAGCGCGUAUGGUGCGCGAGCUGUUCGUCAUGGCCAGGGAGCAUGCACCCUCCAUCAUCUUCAUGGAUGAGAUCGACUCCAUCGGCUCUUCUCGGCUGGAGGGCGGAUCAGGAGGAGACAGUGAGGUGCAGAGAACAAUGCUGGAGCUCCUCAACCAGCUGGACGGAUUCGAGGCCACCAAGAACAUCAAGGUUAUCAUGGCAACAAACCGUAUUGAUAUUCUAGACUCUGCACUUCUUCGACCAGGCCGCAUUGACCGGAAGAUUGAAUUUCCCCCUCCAAAUGAAGCGGUAAGCUGGGAUUGUUACAUAUUUUUUAGUUUUCUCUAUCAUCUUGACUUGGGCUGUCACAAUUCCUUGAUUAAAUUUGGAAUGUACUUGAUUUAAAAAAAAAUAUCCUUG